UGCCGUUCUCACCCGCGAGGACCCUUUCUUCCUCCCGGACCCAAGAAGACUCUGCUCAAAAUCUCGCCAACCUCCGGGCCACCAUCGCCAUCACCAUCGCUCCUUCCAAAAUCCCCAUCCAGACGAGCAUUUGGAUUGCCAUUCCUUUGUCCGCUUCGCCCAAAAGUUAAAGCGGCGGCGUGCCGUUGUCCGCUUCUCCGCCAGUUCCGUUCCACCUGUGCUCCACCAGCCCGUCCCUCUUCUUGGCUGGCUUCAAGAAAAGACUGGUUCUGGUUCUGGCUCUGGAUCCUCCGCUUCCCCAACCGCCUGGCUGAAGUUCUUGCGGGGGCGAGGCUGCUUGUUUGGGCGGCGGCAAGAGGCGAUUCAGCCGCUGGGGAAGGCCUGCACCGCAAAGAUCCAGUUCGCGGUGGAUGGAGCGAUGCUGCGGGUGUUCUUGAUAAGGUUCUUGCUUGCCUGAUAAGCAAGGUUUCUGGUGGUUCCUCCUCCUGCCGACCAAGACACGGAAAAUCUAAGCCUGUUCACACCUUCUAUUGCUUCAAUUUCCGAGUGCUCUUGCUGCCUGAGAUGACAUCAGUUUUGAGGGAUUGCAUGCCUUGGACUCUGGAACAGAUUCAUCAUCUGUACUCUCUUCAGCUGUUCUAGCUCCCCCUUUUUCCUUGCUGGCUGGCUGCAUCUUUGUGCAAUUCAGGGCUCUUGUGUCCUGUAGCCCCAGUUUCUGUUUGGAUUCAUCAUGGGCACCACUACCGAGCAGAAGAUAGCUCUGCUCCUUCUUGGGACCAUCUGGGUUCUUCUUGGUACCUGCAAUGCUGCUGAAUUCACCCCUGCAGACAACUACCUCAUCAACUGCGGCUCUACGGUCGACGCUAAUCUCAACGAUGGGAGGGUCUUCAAAGCAGACAAUUCCGGCUCGACUAUAUUGACAUCACAUCACAGCGUCCCCGCAAACACCUUGCUGGAUGCAGUCAUAAGUUCUGACAAUCCUGUGCUGUAUAAAACUGCAAGGAUAUUCAUUGUGCCGUCGUCCUACUCCUUCAACAUGAAGAGCCGUGGCCGGCAUUUUGUCCGGCUACACUUCUUCGGUUUCAGAUACCAGAGCUAUGAUCUUGCCGCGGCAAAGUUCAAAGUGUCCACCCAGCAUGUUGUGUUACUUGACAAUUUCACUCCGCCGAGCAAUUCCUCACUGUUGGUCAGGGAGUAUUCGCUGAAUAUUACCGAGGAUAUGCUGAUUCUCUCAUUUGUGCCUCUUGGAAACAGCACAUCUUUUAUCAAUGCUAUUGAAGUAAUAUCUGUUCCUGAUGAUCUGAUACAGGAUUCAGCCCAAACUGUGAAUCCCUCCGGCCAGUAUCUUGGCCUUGCAACACAGUCAUUUCAGACAUUCUACAGGAUUAAUGUAGGUGGACGGGAGGUGACCGUUGUCAAUGACACACUCUCGCGUUCAUGGGAUACUGACCAGAACUUCUUCAUAAAUUCCACUACCACUGAACUGUUUGCUUACCAAGGGAAGCUGAAUUAUCAGAAAGGAGCUGCAACCAAGGAGGAUGCACCGGACAGUGUGUACAACACUGCAAGGCGGUUGGCUGUGCAAAAUAGAACCAGCCCAGCGUCCAACAUGACAUGGCAAUUUGAUGUUGACGGUCGUUCGAGCUAUCUGAUCCGGUUCCAUUUUUGUGACAUAGUGAGCAAGGCAGCAUAUUCCCUCUACUUUGAUAUUUAUGUGGAUGGCGGGUUAGCGUUAGAAAAUCUUGACCUCUCUGAAAAAGUUUUUGGUACCUUGGCUGUGCCAUACUACACGGAAUUUGUCUUGAAGUCAAGCAAUCCUUCUGGUAAGCUAAGUGUCGGCAUUGGGCCUUCCAGCUUGAGCAAUGUGGCACCAGAUGGCAUCUUGAACGGCCUGGAGAUCAUGAAGAUGAACAUCAGUACUGGCACUAUUUAUGUUGUGUGGCCACCAGCAACGCCAAAAAGGAAACUGGCUAUCAUAUUGGGCCCUGUUCUCGGAGGUGUUGGUGCUGUUAGCAUUGCUAUUAUUCUCUGCUUUGUCCUCAGAAGAAAGAAGGAGAAGAAGCCGCGGCGGGCACCGACAAGUCGACCUUCAAGUUCUUGGUCACCACUUACCCUCAAUGGCCUUAGCUUCCUUAGCAUAGGUACCCGAACAACCAGCCGGACCACUCAUACAUCUGGGACAAACAGUGAUGUAAGCUACCGAAUUCCUUUUGCUUUGCUGCAAGUGGCAACAAAACACUUCGACGAGCAGAUGGUUGUCGGAGUUGGGGGGUUUGGGAAGGUAUACAAAGCAGUUCUGCAGGACAGCACCAAAGUCGCAGUCAAGCGGGGCAACCAGAAGUCCCACCAAGGGCUCAAAGAAUUCCGGACAGAGAUCGAGCUGCUGUCGGGGCUGCGACACCGUCACCUCGUGUCGCUCAUCGGAUAUUGCGAUGAGCAGAACGAGAUGAUCUUGGUGUAUGAGUACAUGGAGAAAGGCACGCUGAAGAGUCACCUGUAUGGCAGUGACAUGCCUCCCCUCAGCUGGAAGAAAAGAGUGGAAAUCUGCAUAGGGGCUGCAAGGGGGCUCCACUACCUGCACACAGGUUUUGCAAAGUCGAUCAUCCAUCGUGAUGUCAAGUCGGCAAACAUUCUCCUCGACGAAAAUCUCAUGGCCAAGGUUUCUGAUUUCGGUCUCUCGAAGACGGGACCUGAGUUGGAUCAGACACAUGUUAGCACUGCGGUGAAAGGGAGCUUCGGGUAUCUUGACCCUGAGUACUACCGGAGGCAGAAGCUGACCGACAAGUCGGAUGUGUACUCAUUCGGCGUGGUCUUGCUGGAGGUGAUCUGUGCGAGGCCAGUCAUCGAUCCGACGCUUCCAAGAGACAUGAUCAACCUUGCAGAAUGGGCAAUCAAGUGGCAGAAGAGGGGAGAGCUUGGUCAGAUCGUCGAUCAACGGAUCGCUGGGACAAUCAGGCCAGAGUCAUUGAGGAAGUACGGUGAGACGGUCGAGAAGUGUCUUGUGGAUUACGGCGUUGACCGCCCUACAAUGGGCGAUGUCCUGUGGAAUCUGGAGUUUGUGCUCCAGCUGCAGGAGGCCGGCCCGGACAUCUCCAAUGUCGACAGCAUGAAUCAGAUCUCUGAACUUCCUUCAGACGCCAGAAGGAUGGGCUCUUUGGAGAUCGGUACCGCAGACGAAGCAGACGAAGGCCGCACGCACAUGGAUUACUCUCAGAUGUCGACCAACGAUGCCUUCUCGCAGCUGAUGAACACUGAAGGGAGGUGAACUGGACUGCAUUGUUUCUGUGUCACUAAGGAAGUUGGUAAAAACAUGUUGACCUGGAGAAAAGAGAUGUCUGUUGCUUGUCCAUACCAUGUACUGUUGUUGCUGACAAGCCCUUAAUUGCAUUCAUGUUCUGAUAUAUGUUUUGUUCUUUGAAUUAUAUAAAGGAUGAUCUGUUAGAUGUUUGUCAGCA